AUGCAUCAAUUCUUCUCGGGCACCUUCUUCAACUUCGAGGCUGUUCGCAUCCUCGGCACAUGCCGCUACGGCGGUUGCGAGGUGGCCGAGUUCCUCGACGCGAUCGGCAAAGUCAAGCAGGGCAACGCCGAGAGUUGGAACCAGGCCUGGGCCGAGCAAGCUCGCCUCGCCGAGGAGCUUGCCGUCGAAGCCCUAUCCCAAGGCCAGAUCUCUGCUGCCCGCAGCGCGUUCUUCCGCGCCGCUAACUACACCCGUGCCAGCGGGUACAUGUAUCACGGCGAGGCUGCAGGACAGUCCGACCGGCGCACCAUUACAUCUCUGCACAGAGCCAGGGACCUCUUUCGCAAGGCUGUCAAUCUCCUCGAGGGGCCCGUUUACACGCUUGACAUCCCCUAUGGCAAAUCCGGCGUGACUUUACCGGCCUACCUCUACCUGCCUCCUGCACGCUGCCGUCUCCCCGAUGGCAAAACGCCCCUGAUCGUCAACCCGGUCGGCGCCGACUCCAUCCAGGAGGAGAUAUAUUUCAUGCACCCGGCCGCCGGUCCCAAGCUAGGCUACGCUGUUCUCACCUUUGAAGGUCCAGGCCAGGGCCUGACCCUACACGAGCACAACAUCCCCUUCCGGCAGGACUGGGAGGCUGUCAACUCUCUUGUGCUCGACUACGUGCUUGCCUGGAUCUCCCAACAUGCCAGCCAUGACGAGAACCUCGGCAGCAUCGACGCGAGCCGCAUCGGGAUAACGGGCGCCUCGCUGGGCGGCUACUUUGCCCUCCGUGCCGCCGCCGACUCCCGCUUUGCCGCCUGCGCCGCCAUCGACCCGCUGUACGACCUGUUUGACUUUGCGACCAAGCACGUCAGCCCGGCCUUCAUCAAGGCGUGGGAGCACGGCUGGGUCAGCGACGGCAUGGUCGACGCCUUGAUGGGUCUCGGCAUGGCCGUGGGCUUCCAGACCCGCUGGGAGAUCGCCACGGCGCGCCGGUUCCUGGGCGUGGCGACCCCGGCGCAGUGCCUCAAGGCGAUGCGGCUGUUCACCCUGCGCGAGGAUCAUCCGGACGGGCAGGGAAACGGGUCUUACUUGAAGCGAGUCAAGUGUCCAGUGCUUGUCACGGGCGCGGCCGAGUCGCUGUACCUCGAUGUUACGGACCACACGGCUGCCGUCUUCGAGGCGCUGGGCGGGGAAAAAGAGCUCUGGGUGGGCACAAGCCCGGGAGCAGGCGGACUGCAGGCCAAGAUGGGCGCCAUCGGGCUGGCUAAUCAGCGUGUGUUUGCCUUCUUUGACAGGCAAUUGGGAGUAGUUAGGGAGACUCCCGGGUUCCAGAGCUCUAACAACUGA